CCAUAAAUACCCAUCGAAAUGCUAGUUCACUCGUCGUUGUCAAUUUUCUUUCUUACAGCCAUACAUUUUCUCGUGAAACAAGCACUCUUUAAUUUCUUUGUUUCUCUAAUGGCUCGCACUAAGCAAACUGCAAGGAAAUCAACAGGAGGGAAGGCUCCACGUAAGCAGUUGGCGACCAAGGCUGCCCGGAAAUCAGCUCCGGCGACUGGAGGAGUGAAGAAGCCUCACCGUUUCAGGCCAGGGACAGUGGCAUUGAGAGAGAUCAGGAAGUAUCAGAAGAGCACCGAGCUUUUGAUUCGCAAGCUUCCAUUCCAGAGACUGGUGAGAGAAAUAGCUCAAGAUUUUAAAACUGACCUUAGAUUCCAAAGCAGUGCUGUCGCGGCUCUUCAAGAAGCUGCUGAAGCGUACUUGGUGGGGCUUUUUGAGGACACUAAUCUCUGUGCCAUUCAUGCCAAGAGAGUCACAAUUAUGCCUAAGGACAUCCAAUUGGCGCGUAGAAUUAGGGGUGAAAGGGCAUAAAUGCCUUUCCAUUUAGGUCUAUGCCUCUGUAUCUUGCUUUCCAUCUCUAUAUGUCUCUGGGCGCCAAUUUUCUGUAUUUUGGGCAGUAAAUCUCUGGAGAUUUUAAUGAGCAAUUUCAAAUUGGCUUUCCAUCAA